AUGCCUUCAGAACACAGACUUCAUUAUACCACUCCCUCAACAACAUUCCCUACCUCGCUCCCUCUUGGCAAUGGCCGUUUCGCCGCCUCGGUGCUCUCUUCCCCCGCAAAGGAAUCCUUCAUCUUGAAUGAAGUCUCCUUCUGGUCUGGGAAAGAGGAGAAGGCAGGUGAAGGACUAGCAGAGCGACCCACAGAUCCCAAAGCCGAGCUGAGAGAAACACAAGAAUGCUAUCUCAAUGGCGAUUACGCUCAAGGAAAGAAGCGAGCGGAGAAGUACCUUGAAAGCAAAAAGAACAAUUUCGGAACCAACCUUGGCGUUGGAACACUUGACAUUGUCGUCAAUGGCCAGGGAAGCACUGACCAAGUUCAUGGCUUCGAGAGAGAGCUACGAUUAGACGAAGCCGUAGCCGAGACAAGAUAUACUAUAAACGGCCGCCAGUUUAAGAGGAGAUCAUUUCUCAGUCAUCUGAAUCAAGUGCUUGUGGUGCAAUUCGAUGGUGAUGAUCUAAGUGGAUUGGAAGUUGUGGUUGGAGUACAGGGCGAGAACGAAGCAUUCACAUCCAAGAUCAAUGAUGAUGGAAAGCUCGAGUUCAACGCCCAAGCCCUCGAAUCAGUGCACAGCGAUGGAACAUGUGGUGUCAAGGGCUACGGUAUUAUUGCGGCAACUGUCGAUGAAGGAAAAGUCGAGCACCGAGAUGCUAAGCUUGUCAUUUCAGCAAAGAAGAGCAUCACAAUAUUGGUAACCUUCAACACCGACUACAGUGAGCCAAAUGAUGAAUGGAGAAAGAGAACUCCUCAGCAGAUGGAAGCGGCUCUGAAGCUCUCUGUAGCUGAUCUUCUCAAAGCACACCUGGAAGACUACCAGCCUCUGUACCGUCGGAUGAGCAUCUCUUUGGGAUCCAAAUCCAGUACGACCGCCAGCAUUCCUACAGACCAGCGGCGACAGAAUUUUGAGUCUUCUGGAUAUGCCGAUCCCAGCAUGUUUGCGCUCUACUUUCACUAUGCCCGUUACCUUACUAUUGCUGGUACUCGUCAUGAUUCACCCUUGCCGCUACACCUUCAAGGCUUGUGGAAUGAUGGCGAGGCCUGCAAAAUGGGCUGGAGCUGUGACUACCAUCUCGAUAUCAACACGCAGAUGAACUACUUUGCGAUCCUCAACGGCGGUUUCUCUGAUCUUAUGCAGCCUCUGGUCAAAUAUCUUAUAAGACUUGCUGCGAGCGGGCAGCACGCUGCACGAGUUUGUUAUGAUCCUGGCUGGGAGGUUUCGUACGGUCUGAACGUGACGGGAGGCCUUUGGAUGGCAAACCAUCUGAUCGAGAUGUUUGAGUAUUCUCUAGACGAAGCUUUCAUGGCCAACGAUGCAUGGCCGGUGUUGGCGGGUGCAAGCAAGUUUUUCCUUGACUACAUGAUUGAAGAUCCGAAGACGGGCAAGCUUCUCACAGGCCCAUCUGUAAGUCCAGAGAAUAGCUUCUUCAUGGUCAACGAAAAGGGUGAAAAGGAGGAGCAUUAUGCGGCCUUGGCCCCAACUCUUGAUGUCGUCUUAGUCCGCGACCUCUUGGCAUUCUGCGAGUACGCUGCGACAAAAUUCAACAGUGACAAGUUCAAUUGGAAGGGCGAUAUCCAGAAAUAUCGAGAGGCACGGGAGAAGCUGCCUCCAUUCCAGAUUGGCAAGAAUGGUCAGCUUCAGGAGUGGCUGCACGACUUUGAAGAAGCUCAGCCCUACCAUCGACAUCUCUCCCACACCAUGGCCCUUUGCCGGUCAGCGCUAAUCUCCGCUCGGCACCAGCCUGAUCUUGCAGAGGCAGCGCGUGUGACGCUCGAACGAAGGCAAGGCCGCGACGAUCUCGAGGAUAUCGAGUUUACGGCCGCUCUCUUUGCCCUCAACUACGCCCGUCUGGGAGACGCAGAGAAGGCUGUUGCCCAGAUUGGUCACUUGGUCGGCGAGCUGAGUUUCGAUAACCUGCUAAGCUACAGCAAACCGGGCGUGGCAGGGGCUGAGAAGAACAUUUUCGUCAUUGAUGGCAAUUUCGGAGGCGCGGCGGCUAUUUCUGAGAUGUUGAUUCGAUCCAUCAUUCCUCGUUUGGGAGGUCCGGUUGAGGUGGAUUUGCUUCCGGCUUUACCCACGGCUUGGUCUGAAGGAACGGUGGACGGCAUGCGAAUUAGAGGCGGUUUGGAGGCUCAUUUCGAAUGGCAUGGUGGUAAGCUGGACGGCGUGACGUUCAAGGCCUCUGCGGCAUCUGCGGCAUCGUCGUUGAUUGUGUAUUAUGGUGAGCAUCGGUUUGAGGCAACGUAUCAACCUGGAGACAUUAUUAAGCUGGGGCCGUCGCUGCAACUACAGAACUAA